AGUUUGCUGUGCCAUCUUCUGUCUUCUUCUAAGUGGGAAAGUAAUGAAGCUGAAACUAGUACAUUCAUAUCAGCUCUUGGCUACACGUCAGCAGAUUAUUAUUGUCACUUAGUUAAAAAUAUGGUCUUUUCAUUAGUAACAGAACUCAGAGGAAAUCAGUGCAAUGGACUUAACAUAGCGGGGAGAGUUUCAGCCAGUCGUGUGAAUGCUGUGUCUCUUUUCUGUCUCCCUCUCAUUACUUUGCCUGAUGUAACUCCGCUGCUGGAAACUCUCCUGCUUUAUCAUGGAGGUGCAUCAAAAGAAGUUCUCAGUUCAGAGUUUCUGGAGGCUGUGAAUGAGGCCUUUUUAAAGAGGAAGAUCUCCCUCCCUGAAUCAGCUGUCUUCAGCCUCUGGCUUCGCCACUUACCAAGCCUUGAAAAAGCUACGUUGUAUCUGUUAGACCAGCUGACUUCCAUGCCAUUGAACUCACUGGAAGAAGUGGCCGGAGUCAUAAAAGACUCGUUACUGCCACAAGCAGCAAGCCAUCCUGCCAUUUUCAGAAUUGUUAAUGAAAUUUUCAAGAAUGCACUGCUGGAAACUGAUGGAACUUCAGAAAUUAUGACCAUAAUACAAGUGUUUACACAGCUCUUCCUUCAGGAUUUUCAGAAUGAAAACAAGCAGCAUAAAUUUCCGCUGAAGGCCUACUUCCCUUACCAUCACCAGCCUCUUGUUACAGCUUUACUCAGACGUCCAUUUGAACUGCCAACUACACACUGGUCUCAACACUUGAAACACAUUUCAGAUAUGCUCAAAGCAUUAGUAGAAGAUACAAACAUUAGUUCUCUUGACCUAUUUGAAAUAUGGGUUUUGAUUGCUCAUUUUGGAGAAUGGGUGGACAUUGCGGCAGAACAACUACUGAAGGCUGCUGUAGAACCAGAUGCUUUGCUGUGGCUGCUGGCAUUUUACUACUGUCCUCAGAAUGAAAGCCAACAAAGGACUCAAAUAAUGGUAGAAGCUCAAGCAGUCUAUAAUCAUCUAAUGAUGCUCUUCAGCUGUACAGUCCUUUCUGUCAAAGAUCUGGAAGCUGCUGUACACAGUAUAAUGGAUACAGAGCAGAGUUAUAUCUGGCAUCUUAUAACACAUCUUCUUACCAACUUUUUGCUAUUUUCUUCUGGUGGACAUAGGAUUGCCCAAGAAUUUAUUUACCACAUUACUGAGAGAACGGAUACAAGAAAAGAAGUGUGUAGCCUUCUUAUCCGUACUGCAUACAGGAUUAACCAUAAUGGCGAAGAAAACCAAAGGACUGUGAAGCUUUUGUAUGAACUUCUUAGAAAACUGACCCCGAAAGAUUAG